AUGCACUGGAAGGCCCUGGUCGCAAGCGUGCUCGUCGCGCCAUUGGCUAAUGCACUCAUUCGUUUCCCCUGCUCGCAACUUGUUACCGAGCGAUCCGAUCCGCUGGUAACGCCUGGGGAGGUCUCGCCCCAUCUACACCAGAUUGUUGGAGGAGUAGGUCAACUGCUUAUCUCCAAAUGA